UUUACAAAAUUUUGAGCUUUUUAUAAUCAAUUCUUCUGUUAUCAGUUUGGUUCAUUGGAAAAUUGAUUAAACGUGUGUGUAACGUGAUAUAACUGAACCAAAACGCUGCCAAAGUGACCACAGCAUGCAGAGUGAAAUUGAUGUACAAGUCAUAUUAUAUUGAAUUUUCAACGUCAAGAAUAUUUCAUCGGAAAGAACUCAAAAAUCGAAUUCAUCGUUACCGAUAUAAACAGAAUCGAAAUGGCUUAUUACUUGGCGGAAAUAACUCCUGUCCACUUAUAGUGCUGGAACCCGAUGUGUUAAAAGUAUAAAGUGAUCGCGAAUCUUGUGAAGUGUGAAGUGAUCAAGGAUCUUGAUGCCAAUAGGGACGUUAUGAAACCAUAUAUAAUUGCUGUGCAGACAUGAUUGUUUGGAUUGGGACCACGUCAUUCGGUUGAGCGUUACGACUGUGAUAUUAUUCAAGAGGCUAUCAGAAGAUAUUACCGUUUAAUAUUUGACGCUGAUAUCAAUCAACAAACGUUUACGUCUACUGAUGGAUACAAUAACAGUUCACGAACAGAUGGUACUUCAUCAAUCGUGUACUUGGAUACUCUGCAUAUUCACCUGAUGACGUCAUGCAAAAUGUUUCCGUCAGAUUCCAUGGAUGAAAAAUACGAGCUGCUGUUGAAGACCGAUGGAUCCGAAAGCAACAGUUCACUAAUCGCUCAGAGUGUUUGGGGUGUAUUACGAGGCUUGGAAACUUUCUCGCAAAUUGUAGUUCCAAUAAAUGGAAACAGAUUCGCUGUACGAACAACAAGUAUCGUGGAUUUUCCUCGAUUUCCUCAUCGUGGCUUACUCAUCGAUACAUCUCGUCAUUAUUUACCCGUCAAAACGAUUAUGAAUAUACUUGAGGCGAUGUCUUACUCAAAACUGAACGUUUUGCAUUGGCAUAUCGUCGAUGACCAAAGUUUUCCUUUCCAGAGCAACACGUUUCCUGAUUUAAGUGAUAAAGGUUCCUACGACCGAUACCGUGCAAUUUAUUCGCAAGUCGACGUCAGAAGGGUAAUCGAACACGCACGUCUCAGAGGUAUACGUGUGAUACCAGAAUUCGACUCGCCAGGUCAUACGUUAUCCUGGGGUAAAGGAAUUCCUGGCCUUUUAACGCAAUGUAAUCACUCAUAUCCUCAGCCAUACGGUCCCAUUGAUCCGACCAACGAAAACAAUUACGUGAUUUUACGGAGAUUGUUUAAAGAAAUACACGAGGUGUUUCCGGAUAAGUAUUUACAUUUAGGAGGCGACGAAGUUGAUUUUGGAUGCUGGAAGAGCAACGAAAAUAUAAGUAAAUAUAUGGAAAUAAACAACAUCUCGAGUUACGAGCAGCUUGAUGCGUAUUACAUUGACAGAUUGCUAAACAUAACGAACGAAAUAAAGGCGAAAGCGAUAGUUUGGGAAGAGGUAUUCGAUAACAACGUUCCUUUACGUAAAGACACCAUUAUUCAAGUUUGGAGAUACGCUAAUCAUCCCGAAUUAUAUUACAAGAAAUUGUUCAACGUUACUGAUGACGGCUACCCUGCAUUACUAUCCGGAUGUUGGUAUUUAGAUAGUUUAGCAAAUGGAGGCGAUUGGGAGAAAUUCUACAAAUGCGAUCCUUUGGCUUUCAAUGGAACUGAAGAGCAGAAACGUUUAGUUCUAGGAGGUGAAGCUUGUAUGUGGGGUGAGGUCGUAGAUGAGACCAAUGUGCAACAGAGAAUUUGGCCUAGAGCGUGUGCUGCUGCCGAAGUACUCUGGUCCGGUAAUGGGAGUACUUUUGCCGAUGCUGCGGAAAGAAUCGAAGAACAUGUUUGUAGACUGAAAAAAAGAGGUAUUCCAGCACAGCCUCCGAAUGGACCUGCUUUUUGUCCUUAUACUGUGAUGUAAUAUGAUACCUGGCAGGGCAUCGAUUUUUGAAUGUGAGGGAACCAACUGUCUUUACAUCAUUUUCAACUGUACGUAAUAAGGGUUGUACGUAUUGUGAAUUUUAUUCGUGAUCUUCUCAAGUGAGCAGAUAUGGCAUUUUAAUUUGGAUUUUAGUAAAACGUAUCUUUGUUGCAAACAUCAACCUGCCUACCUAAUAAUAAAAUACCAAAAUAAACUAGUUUCAAUUUUUGAAUAA